GCGCGCACAAGCCCCCAUACCCCGCGCUCCCCAGAUGCUUCUCCGGAGUAGAGUCAGGAAAAGGGUCAGAAAUGGGCGGGGACUUGCUCCUAAAUUUGAAUACGGCCCGACAUGGGGAGUUGGAGACGCCAGUGAUCUAGUGGGGCCCCGGGCGUCGAAUCGUCGAAGAAUGAGCAAGCAUGGCGCGCGAACAAAGACCACCCGGGUCGUAUUGAUUCGUUCGUCCCAUUUUAAAUGCAGCCUAUAGGAGGCAAAAGAUCCCAAGAGUUGUGUAUUCCCCGUAGGUCAGCCACCCGGGGUCCCUUUGUCUCGGUACCUGAUACGACUGAUGACAUGUGCACGAUAUGACAGAUGUUCCUUAUAAGUACACCCCUGCCAGCUCCUCCCACGGCUUUCUACCCCAGAUUGUUGUGCGCCAUGACCAUUGCAGCCCCACGUGUUUUCCAAUGUCCGAAUCCUCAAAUCGCAUCACCCGUCCCACGGACCCGGACGGUCUGGUCCUCGAGGCCUGGGGUCAAGGCCUCAUGGUUGGAUCGUUGGUGGUGAUGGCCGCAGUCACAUUCAGCAAUAUGAAAAGGCACAUCUUGCUCCACAAAUUGAUUUUUGCAGAGCUCAUCCUCGCCAUCCCACAUGGGACAUGGAUCUUUUCCAAAGAGCCGGUCUAUGGCUGGCAUCUCUCCGCUAGUGCUAUAGGCCUGAACGUCUCGUGGAGUCUGCACAAUGUGAUUGCGUGGAUGAAGAAUAAACCGUUUUUCUCAAAGCGUAUCUCCUGGUUUUACAUCAUCACUGUGCUGCUGGUCCAGCCGUACUGGGUUCUGGAGAUCUAUGCCAACUUCACAUACUUUAAUAAUAUCAACAAGAUCUUUUUGACGACGAGGCCUCUAGAGCCGUUGUUUCGAGAUCCGUGGUGGGUGCUGACGACAAUCUCCCUCUUUUACACUAUUAAACGCGAAUACAAUUUCGGGAUUGUGGAGCUCGCCACUGUUAGUCCUCGGUUCGGAAUUAUGCUUGCCUCGAUGUGCCUUUCUCUUGCGUUUGUCGUAGUGGAUGAAUGCAGUGUUCUCGGCGCCUUCAGUAGCGCGUCUCUUCCAUCGGGAGUCCAGCCAUUUUGGAAGCUCUCCUUUAUCUUCAAGUGUCUCUGCGAUACCGUUAUCCUCGACGAUUUCAAGACGGCUCUUGAUCAACUGCGGACAUAUUGGUUCCAAAAGCACGCUCAAGCAGGCGACGUACUUCUAAAUAUAGGCUCAGGACCAACUCGCCCUGGCUAUCCUCUGAGAGCGGUGGGUGGGAAUGGGGAUGAAUUCGAAGCACUGUCGGGCAGUGAUGGGCGCCACGGAAGUGAUCUGGGGAAGGGGGCGUCUGUUCAUUUUCCACGCGCACAUACAAGGGGCAGUGCGGGACGGUCACCUGUUUAGUUCUGAAAUAGUCCCAGAGAUCAUGAAGUAAUGAUGCGCAACUGUGAUACCUGGCGUAAUAUGCCGAUAUGAUGCUGUUAGAGCAUACAAAGAUAUGCGAUUAAUAGAAACAAUUUGAAGAUGAAUAU